AUGAAAAGCCAAUCGAGACACGAAAAGCAAAAAGCCUGUACGUCCAGUAAUAUAGAGCAAAAGCAACAACAGGGACAGGAAACGCCCCGAGACGAGCACGAAAAGCCCGCCAAAACAGCCGCCAACUCCGAUGCAAAGAAAGCCUGCCAGGAUGGGAAGAAGAGGUGUUCCAUUCACGAAAAGAUAAAGAGCUCAAACCAGAGCAUCGUCAAGCUGAAAAGUCAUCUUGAGAAAGGCACAUGUCCGAAGACUUUGAGAUAUAACGCAAGGGCCAUUAUUACGCCCGAUGAGGCCUUUAAGAACGAGAUAGGCUCGAUCAGAAAGAAAGCAGAACAGGCUCUCGUAGGAGCGCUGGUGAAAUAUCACCACAGGCACGCAGAACGACUAACAAACAAGCUUCUUAAAUUCGAACAGUAUAAAUCUCGCAGGAACACUGAAACUAACCAGACGUCUCACAAGAAAACGCAAUCACCGGCUAGAAAGAAAACUGUCAACAAAGAUGACAAUGUAAACGAGCUAGCCGAAGAGUUGUAG